UCAAGCCGUAUGUUUAUUGUGCUUCGCGGUAGCGAUUCCCGUAUCACUAUUCGAUUUAAACGUAUGGAAUAUACAAUUUGAGUUAUGGAUUUUAAAAACAAAAUGUUAUUGCACAUGCUGUAUUUAGUUUUAUUCCAAACUGUGUCUUCACAAUCGUUACGUGAAACAUCGACAUCAAGAAUUAUGAAAAGAUUGGACAAACUUGAGGACGAUGUGCUUGUGCUGAAAGAAGAAAAUGAUUUAUGUAAAAAUGACAUUUCUAUUCUUUCGGACGAAUUACGUAAUUUACGAAAGGAUUUCGAUGAAGAAAUAAAAUUAAGAAGAGGGGGUACUUCUAACAGGUUAACGGCAUCCUCUGGACAGGAUGUUAGCCAUUACAAAGAACAACCUGCUAUAGCGCAGCGCGGGUCAUGUGAUUGUGAUGGUAUUGUGAGAGAAUAUAAAAAUGCAAUGCAUGCAUUUAAAAGUGAAAAAUCUGUGAACAUGAUGCUUCACAAGAAAGUCGACGAAAUAAGAAAGGAACAUGAUUUGGAAAUCGGAAAUCUCCGUGAAAUGUUUAAUAAUGCUGUUUCUAUAUUAAACAGUACGGAUAGGACAUUACGUUUAGAUAUGGACACAAUCAAAAAUGAAACAAAGGCGAAUAUGAGCGCUGCACAGAAGCUGGUACACGAUAGCUAUUCCGUCUGUCAAAAAGAGAUAAAUCACACACGUGCUUACUUCAAGAACGGUUUAUUGCAAGUAAAUGAGUCUUUGACGGAUCGUUCUUUGAGUGCAUCGCAGGAAAUAUCUCGGAUACUUUCAGAUAUUGUCAAUCUUAAAACGUCGGAUCAAAUCUUAAAGACCGUAACUGAUAAUUUAACUCAACGCAUUUAUCCACAUUAUUCUUGUGACACUGCGGAACGGAGUGGCGAAUACACAAUUUACCCAAGUUCUCACAUGAACGGCGUAAGAGUAUAUUGUUAUAAGGAAUCCACAAAUAGGGGAUGGAUAGUUAUACAGAGGAGAGCAGACGGAUCUGUGAAUUUCACCCGCACUUGGGCCGAUUACAAAUCUGGCUUCGGCAACUUGAGUGGGGAAUUCUGGUUGGGAAAUGAACAUAUCUAUCAGCUAACAAAAGAUGAACCAAGAGAACUUAGGAUCGAUAUGGAGAUGUUCAAUGGAACAAAGCGAUAUGCGCUGUAUUCUAAGUUCAGUAUUUCGUCCGAGUCUGAGAAGUAUAAGCUCCGUGUGGCAGAAUACUCUGGUGACACAGUCGACAAUUUAGCUUUGCACAAUGUUCGUUCGUUUUCAACUUUCGAUGCAGAUAAUGACGUUUCUGUGUUUUCCUGUUGUGCAUGCAUGUAUGGAGGAGGUUGGUGGUAUUACAAUUGUCACCCUGUCAAUCUUAAUGGAAAAUACUUCCAGAGAAGCGAUAAAGUAGCUUGGGCUCAAGGAAUUCACUGGCGCAGUCUCACUAGCUUUGAUACUUCUUUGAAAUUUGUCGCAAUGAACAUACGCUAAGAAUGCAUUUUGAUACUUUGAUAUAACUUGAUAGAUUAUUGCCAAAAGCAAUAAUUGUUUUUCGUGUUUUAUUUUCGUUUUUUAUGGUUUGAGUUGACUUAAUAUAAAUUGCAUGAUAUUAUUCAAGACUUUUUAUGUACAAAUGACUUUAAAACACCGAACAGGGAAAAUCCAGCCGGUUAUAUAUUGAAGACAUAACCUGCCAAAAAUACCUCGGGCAUCAUUACAUACAAAUUUUAAACUAACAAAUCGCUCUCCUAUUGAUAAAACUCUUAUUCAAUUACAUUGUUUAAAUACAUUACUUUUGUUUCUUCCUUUUUGAAUGUCUGUACGUUUUGGACAAUGUAAAAGGAUUUAUUCCAUAUUCAGCAGACGUUUGACCCCGGGUGAAAAGUGCAUAAAACUCCAAUUGAUCGUCAUAUAUGUUUGGUCCGUCUUAUAAUUUCAUACUAAGUUCAUCUUGUGUUGUUGACUGACGGACGGACAGACCGACAGAUACACGGACAGACGGAUGAACCGAAGCCUUUAUACCCUCGGUAAAACAGCAGAAAGGGGCUAACGAAGCCAAAUACAUGUAUCAUUAGUUUCCAGAGCACGCCGUUCUUACAAUCAGAUUACUGACAUGACAGUGGGACAAUACACUUUAUUGAAUGGUUGAUUUCGUAUCUAGCGAGUAAAAAACUGUAUACUGAUAGAUAUUGUUUUUAAAUGUUGUAAUCAUGGCUUUUAUCUGUAUUUGUUGAGGAAAUAAGCUUUGAAUUGAAUGGCAUAUCAUUAAACCAUGUAUGACCAGACACAAAUGCAUUUUCUUAAAUAUUGUAAAAAUAAUUCUGAUACUCUUCAGCAGCUGCAGUUUUGUUAAGUUAAAAUUUAAAUGAUAUCGAAUUUAUGAAAAUUGUUCUCAAAAGCGUCGAUUGGCAACAUGUCAGUAAUGAUAUAGGCGAUGGUAUUGCAAUAUCCCCUAUUUUAAACGGGCUGUUAUAAUAGCAUCGCUCUCAUGGCUUAAGAGUUAGGGGUUAAAGGUUAAAAGGGGCGGUUGCACCUUGGUCAGUGGGUAUGGGACUCAAUACUCUUUUCGGGAUUUGCAUGCAAACGUGCACGAGUGUGCUUUGUAGUUUUUUUAUGGGAAUGUUUAUUAAUGAUAUGUUGUAUGGUUUAAAAUUAUAAAACAAGAAAACCACAUUGUUAAACAUAUAGACAUGUUGUUGUUUUAUCUGUAUGUGUCACCUCAUUUAAUUAAAACUAUCCUUUA